AUGGACCGUACAGUUGAGGUGUGUGGGUUUUGCCUGCAGCCAACGGCUCAAUCCGGGUGUGUAGUCUAUCUCCGACCGACGAGAGGUUCAGCCUCUAGUACAUUCCAGGUGGACGAUACUCGGUCAUUAUGCCCCAAUCUCGUCUCGUUUGCUUACCACUCUGCCGCAACUGCAAGCGAGUCCGCGCCAUGCACAAAUGUGCCUCUUGCCUGCCCGAUCUGUUCCCCAACAAACAAGAUGGCUGUCCGGAACCCCGCUAUAUGGCGAUACUCCAUGGUCGCCCACCUUCGCAUUCAUCAUGCCUCCUCCCAACUCCUCUCCCAUCUCACUGCCAAAUUCACGAUCCCUCCGGACGAAAUCGACAACAUGCGGACACUUGUUUGGGCAAGACGCUUUACCAAAUCCCGGAAAUCUCGCAAGGUAUAUCAUGCUCCGACACUCGCCAUCUCAGACGCGCAUAGGACCUCAAAAUUUGCAUCGAACGAAGACAUUUCAGAAACAUCGGCAGCUGCUGACGAGCAGGAAUUAAGCGACGUUCAUGCGGAAGACCCCGAUGUUAUGGCUGCCAGUACCUCACGCAAUCACGACACACAUUCCGGCACCUUGUCGGACAUUGAGGAUGGGCCAGCAGAAUCGGCACUCGAUAUCAGUCUCGACGCGCCGGAGUUCGUUGAAAACGACGUCAUCACGCGCGCAGGACGAAAGAGUCGCAAGCGCGAUCUCAACGCGAUGCUGCGGACAUGCGACUGCGAUAAAGUUGUCACGCAGAACGAAAUCAACGACGGCGUUGCGAUUCGGUGCAAGUACGAUCGCUGCGAGACCGGAUGGUUCCAUUUAACUUGCAUGUAUCUCGAUUGCAUCGAAACGGACUGGAGGUGCCCAUCGCACGCUCGACCCACCAAGAGGGCCAAACGCGGGGGAAAGAAGUAG